GAAUUAGUCGCGACGUCGGACUCCUUCUAUGUAGUCUGCUUCCUUCAAUUUUGAACUUGAAGAAUCUGGCAGAAUCUGGUUGGAUAUAGACAAUUAAAUUCCUGAAUAUCUAGUGAUCUGGAACAGUACUUAUAAGCUGCAUAUUUAGGACCUACAAUCUACAGUGGAAUUUUCUUUGCACUUGCAGAUAAUCGGUAACUGCAACCGUUGAUCCCCUCCGAAAGAUCCCGGAGUCAGCUUCUGUGCGCGUACUGUCCGACGCUAGGAUUUUCGUAUGCUAAACUUGCUUCUUCUAGACAUCGCCAUGCAGCUCGUCCACCAUCACAUAUAAGAAGUGCAAGAGAUUCUGCAGGACAUCGUCAUGAAGCCCCUCCUCCUCCAGCACAUGUUAUAAGUAAAAGAAGCUCGAGGGGUCCUGCACACCCCCACAACGAUCAUGUACUCCCCUCAUGCCCCUGGAAGUCGAUUGCUCCACAGAUCUAGAGGAUGGUGAAUUGAGCUACCAGCAAAAGAAUGUCCAAUCUGCAAAUUUUGCAUCGCUGGACUUAACCGUCAACCAUCAACCAUCAACCUCUGGAGCAAGCUACCACCAACAGACCGUCCAAUCUACGAAUUUGGCUUCCCAAGACUUAACCGUCAACCAUCAACCAUCAACUUCUGGAACAAGCAACCAGCAACAUAAUGUCCCAUCUUCCCUAACUGACUUAACACCGUCAACCUCUGGAACAAGGGGGACUUCAAUUCCACCUAUUCUUCCAAGAAAAAUUACCAAGCCUACUGGACCUGGAUCUACUCUGCAACCAACAAACCCCUCAAGGAAUACAGGAACCAGACCAUCUGCCAAGAGAAGCUUGCAUUAUCUAGAACAGCUGGAACCAAACACAAAGAAAAAAAGUCUCAGUCCAGCACAAGAAGUAAUGAUUGAAUUGGCAAGAGAAGAGCAUGCAUGGCUCAAACGUGAGCAUGAAUUAAGAGUUGAAAUCCUUCAGCUAGAAAUACAAACUGCACAAUACAAGGAAGAGGAAGCUCGUAGAUCACUUAACAAGGUCAAUGCUAAUUUGAAUUCAGAUCCUUAAACUAUCUAUUUCAUAUAUUACAAAUUAAUAAUUUGGAAUAAUAUAAAUGUGUAUUUAACUAUGCAUACCAUAACAUUCUUAGCUUAUCUACUUGUCUACUACUACUACUGUUCAUUGAAUCUUUGUAAAAAAAAACCCUUUGAUUGAAGUUAACUAGAGUAUAAUUAUUUUUUCCUUCUCAUCUACAAUGAAUUGAGUAGAGGAAGUGUCUGAUUCCAGAGAGCCUCUGGUCUCUUCUCAUGAUACACUAUUGCAAUGCAACCAUGACAUGAUAGUUGUUCUUAUCUACUUUUUGCAAUUUCAAUAGAGUACAUUGUAUGAGCAGCAUUUAUCUAUAUUUAUCAAUUGACAAAUGUUUGUGUAUUGAAUUUGUAUAUACCACAUCGGAAGAAUGAAAUAUAAUAUAUUCUAUACAAUAAAAUACAUAGUUUACUCAUUGCAAUUUGAACUCUAGAGUUUAUCAUAUGCGUAGGAAUAAUCUAUAAUUCUCAAAUGAUGGUUGUGUAUUGAAUUUGUAUAUAUCACAUUGAGGGAAUAGAAUAUGAUAUACACUUUUUUUGUUCACAUGGUUAUUCUUUGCAAUUUGAACACAAAAGUAUGAGCAGGAAUAAUAUAUAUUUAUUGAAUGAUAAAUAUUUGUAUUGAAUUUGUAUAUACCGCAUUGGAAGAAUGAAAUAUAAUAUAUUCUAUACAAUAAAAUACAUAGUUUACUCAUUGCAAUUUGAACUCUAGAGUUUAUCAUAUGCGUAGGAAUAAUCUGUAUUUCUCAAUAAUUGUUUGUGUAUCAAAUUUGUAUAUAUCACAUCGGGUAUGAGCAGAAAUAAUAUUUUAUUGAAUGAUAAAUAUUUGUAGUGAAUUUGUAUAUACCGCAUUGGAAGAAUGAAAUAUAAUAUAUUCUAUACAACAAUAAAAUACAUAGUUACUCAUUGCAAUUUGAACUCUAGAGUUUAUCAUAUGAGAAGGAAUAAUCUGUAUUUCUCAAUGAUAAUUGUUUGUGUAUCAAAUUUGUAUAUAUCACAUCGGGUAUGAGCAGAAAUAAUAUAUAUUUAUUGAAUGAUAAAUAUUUGUAGUGAAUUUGUAUAUUCCACAUUGGAAGAAUGAAAUAUAGUAUAUUCUAUACAACAAUAAAAUACACUACUUUGUUCAUAAUUACUCAUUCCAAUUGAACUCAAAAGUUUAUAAUAUGAGUACAAAUAAUCUACAUUUUUCAAAUGAUAAAUGUUUGUGCAUUUAAUUUGCACAUCGGAGGAAUGGAAUAUGAUAUACACUUUUUGUUCACAUAGUUACUCUUUGCAAUUUGAAGAUGAGAGUAUGAGCAGAAAUAAUCUAUAUUCAUCUAUAUUUGUAUAGAAUUUGUAUAUACCGUAUUGGAAGAAUGAAAUAUAUGUAUAUAUCAGAUUGAAGGAAUGAAAUUUAUAUUCUAUAUGACAAAAUAAACAAAUUUGUUCACAUAGUUAUGC